GUUUUUCGGUACCAAACAGUAGUCGUGAAAAAUCUGAUCUGUUUAAAAUAUAAAAUAUAUAGCUACAAUUUGAGGGUUGCCACAAAAUUCGAAUAAUACUAAACAAGCCAUAGCAUAUACUAUAUACUCUACUAUAUCGGAUCUAACACAAUUGAGCGUAUUUAGUUAUUAUAAUGUUAUUCACAUACAAGGAUCUGAUUGAUGUGGCCAUUGGUUCGCCCGAGUCGGGGCAUGUGAACUUCUAUGCGCUGCAUGUGCUGCUCUCCAACUUUGCGCAGAAGCUGGAAAUACUGGAUGAGGUAGUGGAGCAGGAUGACUAUCUGGUGGCCAAUAUGCGACUGCAGAGCAGUCUAAUUGGCAAAUCCUCCAAGUAUCGUUUGUUUGCUGGCGCGGAUGAUGAUGAGCCCGCCACAGAGGCUGAAGCUGCGCCAGAAGCGGCGCCAGCUGAGCCUGACCCCGAAGCUGCUGCAGCUGCUGAGCCCGCGGCGGAGGAAGCGCCAGCAGUGGAGGCAGCGCCAGCCGCUGAAGCUGAGCCUGAGCCUGCGCCUCCAGCUGCAGCUGAUGAGCCAGACACUGCAAAGGGUACUGAAGCUGCGCCCACGCCACAGCCAGAGCCGGAGACAGCGCCAGAGCCCGCAGUAUCUGCAGCUGAGGAGCCAGUAGCUCCAGACUCUGGCGCGCAGCCCUCGCGUGUGUCCUCGCGCACUUCUCGCCUGGAGAAGCAGCAGUCGGGAGAGCGCGUUAGCGGCACAGUCAUCGGCACCAUAGCCAAGCUGGAGCGGCGUGUGUCCAAGGUGGAGCUGCAAAAGGAGCAGGCGCAUCAGGAGUUCUCCAGCUACAUCAGCUCCAUGACGGGCCAACUGAAGCUGACCAUGGAGCAGCUGAACAAUGUGACGCACUUACUGCUCGAUCGCAAGCCCAAUCCGGAUCGCAUGAAGCUGCUGCGGCACAUAGCGCGACAGCUGCGCGUGCUGACGGUGGUGACGGAUGAGGAGGUGUCGCUCAGCUGGAGCAGCGGCGAGGCGGAGAUUGAGGAGAUUGAGGCGGAGGAGGAGGAGGUGGCGGCGGAGGUGGAAAGCUCCUCGGAGGUGGCCAAGCCAGAGGAGGAAGUCGAACUGGAGCAGCAUCUUUGCUACUCACCCGAGCGCAUGCUGGGCGAACUGCUGGAGCUCAAAUCCGAGUUUUGUGCACUGACCAACAAGGUAAACGAGCUGGCCGCCGCCUUGCUUAAGCAGGACGCCUCCCGCCUCAUGGACAUGAUGCUGGAGCUGCAGAAUUCCGUGCGGGAGAUCAAGCUGGCCACGGCGGGCAACAUGGAGGCCAACCAGGGCAUGCUGGCCAAGCUGAACUCGGCGGUGGGGCAAAUAGCUACGCUGAAGAACUCGGUGGCGCAUCUGGAUGAGAUUAAGAUUGACAAGUCGGAUGUGGAGCUGCUGCUGGCGGAGAAGGUGGACUUUCCGCAGCUGGCCACCAAGGUGUCGCUGGAGCAGCUGGAGGAGUACAAGGAGCGGCUGGAGAAGCAGUUCUGUGAAGUGCGCCACAUCAUCAACAUGAACGAGAAGAAUGUGCUCCAGAUUAUCGACGGACUGCGCAUGACGCUGGGCAUUGAUUCGCUCGAGCUGAGUCUCAAGGACUUCCGCGAUCUCAUCGAGAAGCGUGUGGCCAUCAUUGCCGAGGCGCUACACAAGUACAUGGAGAUGACCAAUGAUGAGUGCGCCGCCGCCGCCGGUCGCGUCAAGGUUAUGCAGGAGCUGGCGUGCCUCUCCUGCGAUACGCCGUGCGUCAUGCGCACUAUGGAGCGCUCCAAGCUGCCCAUUGCGCCCACUGCCAAGGGCACGCCCAGUCUGGGGCCGCUGGUCACCUAUGAACUGGGCCAAAUACGCAAAUCCGGCAUCAUGGGCUAUUAUCGCAAGGACGAGUUCCCGCACUCCACCAAUGCGUGGACAAAGGCGCUGGGUCCCACGGUGCCUGUUAACAAAUGCGUGCCACGUCAUGCCGGCGGCACGCACACGAUUCACACCGCCGAUGAGCAUGUCCAGAAGGUGGUGCUGUCCAAGCGCAACGCAGGUUGGUAGCCAUAGCAAGCGAUGCUUCGUUUUCUUGUAUUGUAUUGUUUUCAAAGUGACGAAAAAAAUUACAAAGAUUUAGAAUAGUUAAUAUAGUGAAAGUGAGUACUGCACAAUAAAUAUACCGAGUUCUUAAACAA